CCGAGCCAGAGAAAGAGGUGAGUCGCUCAGGACGGCUUGGAACCCCCGGGAGCUGGGCGCGGCGGAGGCCCCAGCGACGCCAGCCCAGUUGGUGCAUGUGCGGUAACACUAUGUCUGUCCCCCUGCUCUCCGACGCCGCGACUGUUUCAGGAGCUGAGCGGGAGACAGCAGCGGUAAUUUUUUUACAUGGACUUGGAGACUCAGGGCACAGCUGGGCUGAUGCCCUCUCCUCCAUCCGCCUCCCUUAUGUCAAGUACAUCUGUCCCCACGCGCCUCGCAUCCCAGUCACGCUGAACAUGAAAAUGGUGAUGCCUUCCUGGUUCGACCUGAUGGGCCUGAGCCCCGAUGCCCCGGAGGAUGAAGUUGGGAUCAAGAAAGCGGCAGAGAACAUCAAGGCCCUGAUUGAGCAUGAGGUGAAGAAUGGGAUUCCAGCCAAUCGAAUCAUCUUGGGGGGCUUCUCGCAGGGAGGAGCCCUGUCCCUCUACACAGCUCUCACCUGCUCGUUUCCCCUGGCCGGCAUCGUGGCCCUCAGCUGCUGGCUCCCUCUGCAUCGGGCCUUCCCCCAGGCUGCCAAUGGCAUGGCCCGGGACCUGGCCAUCUUGCAGUGCCAUGGGGAGCUGGACCCGAUGGUGCCAGUGCGCUUUGGAGCCCUCACGUCGGAGAAGCUCAAGUUGGUGGUCCCUCCAUCCAAGGUCCAGUUUAAGACCUACCCGGGCGUCAUGCACAGCUCCUGCCCCCAGGAGAUGGCAGCUGUGAAGGAAUUCAUCGAGAAGCUGUUGCCCCCCAUCUAACAGGAUCCUCCCCCAAGUGGGGCCGGGGGGGCCCACAGCAGGAUCUGAUCUCUGAACAUGAAGUGGAAGCCAUGGCAGCCCUCUCCCCCACCCCAGGACUGGGUCCCUCCCACUUGGAGAUCAUUGCUUUCCUAGCUCCUGUUCCCAUCCCCUUCCCUGUCCCAUCACUGUCCUGAGAGCUGGGGGAUCAAAGGUGCAGCCUCCCCUCUCCUGGGAGGCUCGAGACCUCAGCUGCCAUAGUCUGUCCUCCAGGAUCUCCAGUCCCCCAGGGCCACAGUAUUGCUAGGGGUGCAUGGGGGCCCAGCCGCUGACCCACUCAGGACCUGUAUGUACCUCACGGGUCCAGCUUCUGGGUGUACCCCUCUCCUGAUCUUCCCCCCAGGUGACCUCAGUGUUUGGGCAGGGGGGGCCUGCUGGCGCCCCCACUCAUACACCCACUCCCCCCAUCCUCCUGCUGCAGGGAGAGCUGGGUCCCCCCUUCCUCAAUCAGAUAAUCAUGUGUUUUCUGCCGCACUCCUGUCCCCUCGCCCUCAUCAUGAAUGUCUCUAUUUUUUUCUGCUGACAAUGCGCCUCCUCUGGGUCAGGCCCCUCUUGCUGCUGUGCCCCUCCCUGCUGGGGAGGGGCUGGGGCCCAGGUCUUGGGGGUGGGGGUGGGGAGAGGGCAGUUGCGCUUGGGCAGGGGUUUCUUCCCCCCCACAUCCCCUGAUGGUAUCUGCUCCAGCCCGCAGGCCUGGGGCCCACGGACCUCUGCUCAGACAUCCCGUUGGGUGGCCCUCUGGGGAAGGGCCCAAGCCCUUCUUGGCCUGUUGGGAGGGGGCUGGGGCUCAGGUUCUGGGCCCAAAAGGGGCUCAUCUUCCUCCUCCUCCAUGUGGUUUUGGCCGUUUUUCGUUUCUUGUUAUGUGUCUCCAAGUCAUCCAGAUUAAAGAAAGAUAAACCUUC